GAUAAUAAAAUCUCUUGCGUGGGCCCGUGUCUCCUGAGUCAUUCUGGGGCAAGGAGGGUUGCAGCAAGAUAUACUUUCAUUGGUGCCGUGACUUCGGAUGAGGCUCUCCCAUUGACUUUGCUCUUCCUCCGGGAAUCUGAGCUGCUCUGGGAACCCUCACUGCCUGAUCCUCUUCCAUGGGCUCACCGUCCAUUUUCCCAGUCGCUUGUCUUCUCGCCCAACACCGGCCUUUAAUUUGGAUGAUUGAGGAAAGUGGGAACAAGCAGAAGACCAUGGCAGAGAAGAGGCAGCUGUUCGUAGAAAUGCGUGCUCAGAAUUUUGAUGUGAUACGACUGUCAACUUACAGAACAGCUUGCAAAUUACGAUUUGUACAAAAACGAUGCAAUCUCCAUCUUGUUGAUAUCUGGAACAUGAUUGAAGCAUUCCGAGACAAUGGCCUUAAUACACUGGACCAUACCACUGAGAUCAGUGUGUCCCGCCUCGAAACAGUCAUCUCGUCCAUCUACUACCAGCUGAACAAGCGCCUUCCUUCUACUCACCAAAUCAAUGUGGAGCAGUCCAUCAGCCUCCUCCUCAACUUUAUGAUUGCUGCAUAUGACAGUGAGGGCCGAGGCAAGUUGACGGUAUUUUCAGUUAAAGCUAUGUUAGCAACCAUGUGUGGUGGAAAAAUGCUGGACAAAUUAAGAUAUGUUUUCUCCCAGAUGUCAGAUUCCAAUGGCUUAAUGAUAUUUAGCAAGUUUGACCAGUUUCUGAAGGAAGUUCUGAAGCUCCCAACAGCUGUCUUUGAAGGGCCAUCUUUUGGUUACACAGAGCACUCAGUCCGCACCUGUUUUCCACAGCAGAAGAAGAUAAUGCUGAAUAUGUUCUUAGACACCAUGAUGGCGGAUCCCCCUCCCCAGUGCCUUGUCUGGCUACCUCUCAUGCACAGGCUCGCCCAUGUUGAGAAUGUCUUCCACCCUGUCGAGUGUGCCUAUUGCCGGUGUGAGAGUAUGAUGGGCUUCCGGUACCGAUGCCAGCAGUGCCACAACUACCAGCUCUGCCAGAAUUGCUUUUGGCGGGGCCAUGCCAGUGGCCCUCACAGCAACCAACACCAGAUGAAGGAGCAUUCCUCUUGGAAAUCCCCUGCAAAGAAGCUGAGCCAUGCAAUUAGUAAAUCUUUGGGAUGUGUACCCACCAGAGAACCCCCGCAUCCUGUUUUUCCUGAGCAACCAGAGAAACCGCUUGACCUUGCAAAUAUAGUUCCUUCUCGCCCGCUGACUAAUAUGAAUGACACUAUGGUGAGCCACAUGUCCUCUGGAGUGCCCACUCCCACCAAGAGGUUACAGUAUAGCCAGGAUAUACCCAGUCAGUUGGCUGAUGAGCAUGCGCUGAUAGCCUCCUAUGUGGCCCGUCUGCAACACUGUGCACGUGUCCUGGACAGUCCUGGCCGGCUGGAUGAGGAACACCGACUUAUUGCUCGCUACGCUGCCAGGCUGGCUGCAGAGGCAGGAAACAUGACCCGUCCUCCCACUGACUUGAGCUUUGACUUUGACACCAACAAACAACAAAGACAGCUUAUUGCAGAGCUGGAAAAUAAAAACAGAGAGAUCUUGCAGGAGAUUCAGCGUCUCCGCCUGGAGCAUGAGCAGGCUUCCCAGCCCACCCCUGAGAAAGCCCAGCAGAACCCCACGUUGCUGGCAGAGCUGCGGCUGCUGAGGCAGAGGAAAGAUGAACUGGAGCAGAGGAUGUCAGCUCUGCAGGAGAGCAGGCGGGAGCUGAUGGUUCAGCUGGAAGGGCUAAUGAAGCUUCUGAAGGAGGAAGAGCAAAAGCAGGCAGCUCAGGCCACAGGAUCACCACAUACAUCGCCCACUCACGGAGGCAGCCGCCCAAUACCCAUGCCCGUCCGCUCAACAUCUGCUGGCUCCACCCCCACCCACUGUCCACAGGACCCCCUGAGUGGAGUCGGUGGAGACAUGCAGGAGGCCUUCGCACAAGGUACAAGGAGAAACCUCCGCAAUGACCUGCUGGUGGCUGCGGACUCCAUCACCAACACCAUGUCAUCCCUGGUGAAGGAGCUGCACUCAGCAGAGGAAGGUGCAGAGGAAGAAGAAGAGAAGAUGCAGAAUGGGAAAGACAGAGGUUAGCAGAGAAGCCAGGACAGAGAGGCCGUGCAGUUAGCAAAAGAUGUUCCCUUUGGAAGGCCACUGAUGGCUUCCCCAUGCCACUUGCUGGAACUGAGCAUGAAUCUCUAGGCCUCUGAGCUGCCUCCCUCCAGUUCAGACUCACCUUCCUCGAACAUCACUUUCAAGACAUCAGAUCAUCAAUGACUCUCAAGUCUCCAUGUUUCCCACUGAACCUGCCUGAUGUUUCCCACCAACAAUCGCAUAUGACCCUAGCAGACAGGCCUGGGUUUGACUGCCAGUUCUACCAUAUUCUGCCUGUGUGCUCUGGUGCAAGUUGGUUCACCUCCCUGGCCUCAGUUUUCUAACCUGAGGCUAGAAACUGGAAACACCUCAGAGGUCCUUCAACAGGUGAAUGGCUGAACUGCCGUACAUCUGUACCACGGACCACCACUCAGCAAUGGAAAGGGAGGUACUACUGACACAUGCAGCAACAUGGAAGGAUCUCCAGAGAAUGACACUGAGUGAAAAAGCCAAUCCCAGAGUUUGUAUACUGUACGACUCCAUGUUUAUAACAAUAUUGAAACGAGAAAAUUAUAAAAAUAGAGAACAGAUUAGUAGUUGCCCAGGGUUGGGAAGGGCAGGGGAGGAAGUGGGUGUGGCUAUAAAAGGGUAACUUGAGGAAUCCUAUGGGGAUGGAAAUGUUCUGACCUUGACUGCAUCAGUGUCAAUAUCCUGGUUGUGGUUUACACUUAAGUUUGAGAGAUGUUAUCAUGGGGAAACUGGUAGAGCAUACAGGGGAUUUCUCUGUAGUAGUUCUUACAACAGUGUGUGAAUCUAAAAUUAUCUCAAAAUAAAAAGUUAAAUUAAAAAAAGA